GUUUUGGGUCCUUAAACAAGUUCCUGCUCCACGUCAAGCAGGAUUUGAGGCGAUUAUGAUGGGGAAACACUGAAAAUGCUAGAGCGCUAACCUAGUUAAGUCUGACAGCAAGUCAACUUAAUGCCCUAUUUACAAUGCCAACGCAAGAUUAAUAUUCCGCUCUUUGGUACAACAGAGACAGUGAAGGAUGGCCUGGUUUGCUGACUUAGCUGGCCGAGCAGAGGACUUCUUAAAUAAAGUGGACCAGGGUGCAGCCAGUGCUCUGACCAAACAUUCAGCACAGAAAUCCUCCCUGUCCUCAUACAACCCUGUGGAGUCGGUCGGCUCCUCUGACGAGAACUCUGCCGCCUACAGCGCCCCCUAUGAGACCCAGCAUGGUUACACGGCCCUUCCCUCUGGCCACCAGGCACCCAGCUUCAUCUCCACUGCUGCUGGGAAUGUUAAGAAAUCCAAAGCCACCAUGCUGGCCGGAACUGCCAAUGUGUCAAGCACGACUCCUCUGGGUUCUGACUACGCCGGCGGAGGUGCUGUCAAAGCAUCUUCCAGCUUCGUUAGGCCGAAAAAAACGGAAUUGAAUGACGAUCUCCUGUUCGACUUCCUGAACAGCGCCGACCCACCGCAGAACGAGAGGCGGGAGGUCAGGAGAGAUGCAGUGCCCAGAGCUACGGCUCUGACUGACGGGGCGGCCCAGACGCAGGUGGCUGACACCCCUCAGGCUCCGCCUUCCAUACAGGCCACGCCUCCCUCUGCACAGGGACUGUCCCGCAACUCCAGCCUGAGCUCCCUCACAGCCAGCACACACAGCGCUAAAACCGAGGAUGGCUCUGCUCGAGACCUCAUCCAAGGUGAUACUCCCGAGAGCUCAGACUCGGCCGUUGCUGCACCCCCAGAUGGCCCCCAGGUGGCCGCGCUCGAGUUGGCCGCCCCAGAGGAGCCACUCGGACAGGUGCUGUCCAGCCUGCGCCUGGAGAACCAGCUGCUGCGCAGCGAAGUUUCCUCUCUCAACCAGGAGAUGGCGUCGCUCGUCCAGAGAGCCAAGGACACGCAGGAGGAGCUGAAUCAGACUCGAGCACGCUCUGAGAAGUGGAACGUGGAGCAGUCUCGCGCCGAUCGCUCUGUCCGGGAACUGCAGGAGCUCGUCAGUGACCUCACAGAGGCCCUGUCAGCGAAGGACGCUCAGCUGGCCGUGCUGAAGGUACGACUGGACGAGGCGGAUCAGCUGCUGAAGGCCCGCAACUCUGCCCUCGAGGAGGCCCAGAACGAAAGGACCAGGAUCCUGCAGGACCACAGUGAGGGCAACAGUCUGCACUCCCAGGCCCUGCAUACCCUGCAGGAGCGGCUCCGAGAGGCCGAGGGUGCCCUGAAGAGAGAACAGGACGGUUACAGACAAAUGCAGGGUGAGCUGGCGGCACGACUGGCCCGGACCGAGGCGGAGCGGCAGACACUGGCGGAGACACUGACAGGCACCGAGCGCCGCAUGGCCGAGGAGCGCCAGCGGGUGGAGGAGCUCCAGCAGCAGGCCAAGAGCGCCCGCACGGCAGCCGACUAUGCCAGGCAGGAGCUGCAGGACUACAAGAACAAAGCAUCCCGCAUCCUGCAGUCUAAGGAGAAGCUGAUCAGCAGUCUGAAAGAGGGCUCGGCUUUGGAGCUGCUAGACGGGGGUGUGGCAGCAGGGGUGGAGCUAGAGGAGUUGCGACACGAGAAAGAGCUGCAAAGAGAGGAGAUCCAAAAACAGCAGUCCCAGAUACAGAGUCUCCGUUCAGAGUUGCAGGAGAUGGAGAGCCAGGCCCUGGUGGAGGCCGAGGGCUGGAGAGAGCAGCAGCGAGAGCUGCAGGAGCAGCUUUCCCAGCAGAGCCGAGCCAAGCAGGAGCUGGAGACAGAACUGGAACGCUGCAAACAGGAGCUAAACUAUAUAGAAGAGGAACACCAUCGUGCUAAAAGCACACUGCAGAGUCGUAUCAAAGACAGAGAAGAUGAAAUCCAGAAACUCAGGAACCAGCUGACCAAUAAGGCUCUGAGCAACAGCAGCCAGGCGGAGCUAGAGGGGCGGCUGCACCAGCUGACGGAGGCUCUGAUCCAGAAGCAGACCAUGCUGGAAGCUCUUGGCACAGAAAAGAGCUCGCUCGUCUUCCAGCUCGAGCGACUGGAGCAGCAGCUGAAGAGCACCCAGGGCGGCCAGAGUGGGGGGCCACACAUCAACAUGGCCGCCGCCGAGGGACCAGGCGCCAGACAGAGAAACCCCACAGUUCUGUUCAGCGACCAUGACGGUUCGGCCACAGGAAUGUACGGGAAAGUGCGCAAAGCAGCCAACACCAUUGAUCGCUUCAGCAUUCGGUUAGGGAUCUUUCUUAGACGAUACCCCAUGGCCAGAGUUUUUGUGAUCGUAUACAUGGCACUACUGCACCUUUGGGUUAUGAUUGUAUUGUUGACAUACACCCCUGAGAUGCACCCUCAACCAUCGCGUCCUGAUGGCAGAUAGAAGCCUUGGAUAUGCACAUUUAAAUCUGUAUCCAAUAUUCUACAUGUACAGAAAAAUUUAAACUGUACUGGCUGUUUGUAGCUGGGUGGAGGUUCAGAUAUACCUUCUUUCUGAACUAAGACCCACCAUUUGCACAGAAGUUCCAUGGGGCAGUUAUAUGAUCUCUCUCCUCUAUUCUUACCUCUCAUCCCCUUUUAUUUGUUUUUUCCCUUUGGUUGGUCUUCUUUCUUACCCCCACUGAGUCUCUUUUCUUCUAUUUACAACCCCCCUCCCCCCACACAUUCUUGUGAUCUCAAAACACCAACUAGUGAGAUAUUUAAAGACAGUA